AUGACCGGAGGAUCGAUAGCAGCCCGUCGUCUAUCCCAACAACUUAGACUUUUCUCUUCUUCACCAUUCAGUACUCGCGUCAUCGGCGCACCUAACACCCUCGAUCACCGAGUGUUCAUCGAGCAGAGUGGCUCCGUCUUGUCAUCUUUCCAUGACGUUCCCCUUUUUGCCGACCAGAGCAACGGCAUCCUCAACAUGAUCGUUGAAGUCCCUCGUUGGACCAACGCGAAGAUGGAGAUCUCCAAGGAGGAACCCUUCAACCCAAUCAAGCAGGACAUCAAGAAGGGUCGCUUGCGUUUUGUCCGUAACUGCUUCCCCCACCAUGGGUACAUCUGGAACUACGGUGCUUUCCCUCAGACCUGGGAGGACCCGGCUGCUCUCCAUCCCGAGACCAAAGCCAAGGGUGACAACGACCCAUUGGAUGUCUGUGAGAUCGGUGAACAGGUCGGCUACGUCGGUCAGGUUAAGCAGGUUAAGGUCCUCGGUAUCAUGGCACUGCUCGAUGAAGGCGAAACCGACUGGAAAGUCAUCGUUGUUGAUGUGCACGACCCCCUUGCAUCAAAGCUUAACGACAUUGAGGACGUGGAGCGCCACCUUCCAGGCUUGAUCAGGGCCACCAAUGAGUGGUUCAGGAUCUACAAGAUUCCUGAUGGCAAGGGCGAGAACGCCUUUGCUUUCUCUGGUGAGGCCAAGAACAAGAAGUACGCGACAGAGAUCAUCCACGAAUGUAAUGAGGCAUGGCGCCGCCUGAUUUCUGGCGAAAGCCCUGCUAGGACCCCCACCUACGAUAUCUCUAUCCGCACCCUCACCAACCCGAACUCGCCAAGCUCGGUCACUCGUAGCGACCCCUCGUACGUUAACAUUCCUGCCGACUCCAGGCAACCUCCUGCACCCAUCGAUCCUUCCAUCUCAAAGUGGUUCUACAUUUCGUCUGUCCAGGUUUAG